CGAGUUAUCAAGAAUCACACCUUAGAGAGAGAGAGAGAGAGAGAGAGAGAGAGAGAGAGACGUACCUGAACAGAGUGUGCCGUGCAGUGAUGGCGAAUGCGCCGCCUACGGGAGCAGCAGCGGCCACACGGAAGGGGCCAUGGACGGAGCAGGAGGACCUUCAACUGGUAUGGUUUGUGCGCUUGUUCGGUGAACGUCGUUGGGAUUUCUUAGCCAAGGUGUCAGGUCUCAACAGGACCGGCAAGAGCUGCAGGCUGCGCUGGGUCAACUACCUUCAUCCCGGCCUCAAGCGAGGGCGCAUGACGCCCCAGGAAGAACACCUUGUGCUUGAACUCCAUGCCAAAUGGGGAAAUAGGUGGUCUCGCAUUGCUCGGCGGCUACCGGGGCGCACCGACAACGAGAUCAAGAACUACUGGAGGACGCACAUGAGGAAGAAGGCACAGGAGCGGCGGACGAGCUCGGCUCCCUCGCCGUCUUCCUCGUCCUCUAGUAACAUCUCGGAGCUCAGGGCGGAAAAGCAUGAAGGUUGCAGCACUGCAGAGGGAACCUCGUUGAUCUCAGGGCUUGAAGUGAACGAUAACGAAGGGAAGGGGUACACCAUGGAUCAGAUCUGGAAUGAGAUCGCCGCAUCGGAAUCCGUCAGCCAGCUGAGCUUUGACGAAUACAAGGGCGGAUCGGCUUGCAACAUGGAAUGCCCUCCGGUGAGUUCCCCCAUAUGGGAAGACUGUUCUGCGUCGCUGUGGAGGAUGGAGGACGAAGACUUGUAUCCCAUGACUGACCUCUUGCUCUCUAACUGUUGACGCAGAAUGGUCUUUCUCUGUAAAUUGUAGUGAAAUCGUGCAUGCGAGUCCUUAGUCCCUGCGACAAAGAUCAGUCGAUCUCUGUUAAUCCAUGGUAUCUACUGUAACAACUACAGAAAUGUGGGAAGUUCUCUGUUAUCUAUAUAAAAAGCUUGUUCUGAUGUA